CAGGAAGCGGAUUGUUGUAGUGAGAGUUUAGAAGCACGAUGGAUGACGAAUUUGAAGGUACCAGCUCUCAGAUGGUGAUCUUUUCUAAAAACGAUAGGACAGGUGUGGAGGAGAAAGAAGCAAGAGAAUGGGUUCCUAAGUCUGUGAGCUCAUCUGAAGAUGAUGGGACAGAUGACUGGAAACCCACACAGGAUGAAUCUGAAGGCUAUUCAGAAGAGGAGGAAGAACAAGAACGUAAAAGGAUUCCUAAGGUAGCCAUGAAAAACAAAACUGGGUGUCCUGUGCCACAAAGAGAGAUGGCGGCAGCAUCUGAAGAGGAUGGGACACAUGAUAGCAGACCCACACAGGAUGAAUCUAAAGAUGAUUCAAAAGAUGAAGCAGAACAUUUGGGACAAAUGAUUCACAAAGUGGCCAUGGAAAAGAUGGAGAUAACACAGGUAUACCCCACCCAACAUAGCACCAGGGGCCGAGGUCGAGCCCUCAGCUUCCCACUGCUGCCAGGGAUAGAGUCUGUGGACAGCUGCCUGCUGCCACCUGCACCGAAGAAGAGAACACGGAUUGACUACAGCACAGAUCAGUUAGAGCAUUUAGAGGCCCUGUUCCAAGAGGAUCACUAUCCGGACGUGAAAAAAAGAAAAGUGAUUGCUGCUUCAGUCGGCGUCACACCUCAGAGAAUCAUGGUCUGGUUUCAGAACCGAAGGGCGAAGUGGAGGAAAGUACGUGGUGUUACAGCAAAGGUGGAACACGGACAGAGUAGAGCUGAAUACAGUCCACAUCACCAAAUCAAUCCCACUUUGCCCACACUGGCUCACAACAGUAAGGGAGCCGCUUCUUUGUCUCGUUAUGAUGCUCUCAAGCUACCCCAGCUUGCCCCUGUGCCACCUUCAUUCCCCACCAUAACCACUCAGAGCCCACCCUCCCACAGCAGCCUGUUGUCCAGCCUCAGCAGCCCAGGUGAAAGCAGAGUGAUGGAUACAGGCCAGCACCAGCUUUCAUCUCAGGAGGGUUUGGUGGAGUAUCCCCCCCGUCCCAUGCAGAGCCCUCCCCCUCUGCAGCUAGCCAGCCUUCCUCUUUUCACCAUGACCUUUAACUUUGCAAACCCCACUCCCCCUCUCCUCAACACACCAGCCCACACCCCACCCCUCUUCCUGGAUGCUCUGGAGGGUGGCUCUACCUUGGCCCACCAUGAGACCCAGUCUCUGCCGACUGACACCAGUUUGCUCUUUGACUUGGACUACCCGACGUCUAGCCAGCAGAGCAACACUUUGUCUUACCAGCUCCAAACCUCCUACCCCACCAGCCAGCCUCAGCUCCAACCUCAAGCAUCUCUGCCCCACAUGACCUACCUCACACCACCUCCCUACCUCACCCUUAACCCUCCAGAGUCUAAUCCUACCUCCUACCUGACUUUUGGCCCUGGAGGAAACUCGACAGGAGUGGUGACCGAUUCCACCACGGGUCAUGCCUGCUUUCAGUCCCAGAGUGCAAUUCAAAUCCUACUGCACCACGUUCCUGAGAUCGGUAUGAGGCCAACAUCAGUAGCUGUCACGUUCACCACAGAGGAACCCCUACUUCUCUCCACCACCCAAGCAACCGACCUCGCUCCCUCUGCACCGCCUGCAGCGGAGCCUAGCCCCAACCCAGAGGACCCAACGACCACCCCUCUUCUCACUGAGGCUGAGGGAGAGAGCGGCAUGUUCUUGGAUAGGGACCUGGAGAGGGAGUCCGGGUGUCCAUCACACCAGAGUCAACCCCUGAGCCCACCACAGCUGCAACAACCACUGCUACCACUGUCAAGACCAAGACCCACUUCAGGCCCAGGGUUCCCAUGAUGACAACGACUCAGGCGGUGCCAACAGAGAGAACGACCUGCCCACAGAAAAUGAAAAUAUUCAUUUGUGAACUUUGGGACUCGUGAUAUUUAUUUAAACCUGUAUAGAGUUACCCAUGCUGGUUCCUGCUGGUUCCACUCUUUAUGCAAAGUUAGGCCAAUUACUUCUGGGCUCAAGCUGCCAAAUCUAACAAACAGUAGUCUUAGUGUCCUCAUCUCAGACUCAAAAAACAAGAACGGCAUCAACAACAUCAGUGAGAUGCUUACUUGAUCUGUGAGCUCAAUAGACACUUUACUGAUGAGUUUAUCACAUCAAUUGCUGGUUGAACAGCUUGUUAAAUGUUAUAUGAUUCCAAUUUUCUAAAAUAUGGUUCAAUUUUAGAGUCAGAAAGGAAGAGGUGUCAUCUCCCUCAUUCAGACUGUCACAUUCAGUUUCCUAAAAUCAAGACGGUAAAGACCAAAAUGCUCAACUUGAGGCUUCAAAACAUUAUGUGGCAUCAUGCUGUUACUGCUCUUCCAUCUUUUAUAUACAGUUUAUGGUCUAGUAAACCGUAACUACUUGAUCCCCAGCUCUUCUUCUGACUGCUUCUUCAUUAUUCGAGACCAGAGGCAUUUCUCUGACACAUGUGCUUUUCGUUAAUCAAAUAAACUCUGCAUUAAACCAUGA